AUAAGACUCAGACGAUAACCUGGGAUCUCAAAUAAAAAACUCACUGAGUGGGUCGUAUGGACCGACCGAUAUUAACGCAGCUUACGAAUUUAAUUUUCUCUUUUCUUUUUCGACGAACAUACUGCUUUGAAAAGUAAAUUUAUUUAGUCGGUAAAUACGUUAAAGUGAGAAGAGUAAAGUUCGAAAGUCGAAGAAUUUUAAUAUUUUAUCUUGAAUUCAUUCGAACGAGAGAAAGUUGACCCGAAAGGUAGGGAUAGAAAAAACAAGAAAAGAAGCGGAAAAAAGAAAAAGAAGAAAAAUGAUCAUCAGUAAUCGUGGUAGCUCGUUUAUUAGAGCUUGUUGUGUAUCACGAAUGCGGCACAAGAUAUUACAAAUUCCGAGAAAAAAAGAAGACAUUGUAGAUAUUGUUUUUGCCGCAAGAAAUAUGACGUCCAGUUGCGAUAAGAGUGAAAUGGUUGUACCAAAGGAAGAGGUAGUCAGAUUUAUUCAGCAAUGUAUGUGCAAGGUAGGAACACUCAAGGAAGACGCUUACAUCGUAGCGUAUCAUUUAAUGACCUCUGAUUAUCGUGGUCACUUCAGUCAUGGUAUGAACAGACUGCAGAUGUAUGUGACAGACAUUCAAAAUAAAAACAUCGAUCCUCUUGCCAAACCAUGUAUCGUAAAAGACUUUAAGGCGGUAGCUUUGGUCGAUGGACAAAAUGGGUUGGGUCAGGUAAUCGGCCAGUAUUGUAUGGAAUUAGCGAUAAAAAAAGCUAAGGAAUAUGGAAUCGGUAUGGUAUCAGCACGAGGAUCGAAUCAUUAUGGUAUCUGUGGUUAUUACACAUCAAUGGCUAUGAAAGAAAAUCUGAUAGGUUUCAAUUGUACUAAUACGAGCCCUUUAAUGGCACCAACACGUAGCAAGAAAGCUGCCUUGGGAACAAAUCCUUUAUCCUUAGGCAUGCCUGCGGAAAAUGGCGAUGAAUUUCUUUUGGACAUAGCGACCACCUCUGUGGCACUAGGGAAAAUCGAAUUGGCUAUGAGAAAAAAUGAGUCUAUACCUUCUAGCUGGGCCCUCGAUAGUGAAGGUAAAGUCACAACAAACGCUACUGAUGCCUUCAAUGCGACUCUGUUGAUGCCUUUGGGCGGUGAAGAAAAAUUAUCGGGUUAUAAGGGUUUCGGACUUGCCACCAUGGUCGAAAUUCUUUGUGGUAUUCUUUCUGGUAGCGACUUUGGACCUAACAUUCGUUCUUGGAAGAAAAGUGACAAGAUUGCUAAUCUAGGACAUUGUUUCAUGGCUAUCGACCCUGAAGCUGUUUCUUGUGGUUCUAAAGAGAGAUUAUCAGUUCUUCUCUGUCAACUUCGGGAACUUCCAAAGUCGGGUAAAUUACCUGUUAUUGUAGCUGGUGAUAUAGAGAGAUCUAACAUGGCGAAAGUCGACAAAGAAGGUGGAAUAACGUAUCAUCCGAAUCAAAUAAAAGAUUCUGCUAAAUUUGCUGAAAAAAUGGACGUCUCACCGAUGAAAUUUAUACCGAAAAUGUCCAAUUAGAUUGGAAGACUUCAAAAUGUAUUACAAAGCAUUUUCUCAUAAUUACAAAUUUUUAAUCGUUGUUUAAUACCAUUAUUCUUAAUUUACAAAAAAAAAAAAAAAUCAUGAUAUUCGAUUAUUCGAAAGAGAUAUUUUUUAUUAUAUGCAAUUUUUAUCAAUGAUACCGUUUCAUAUACAAUUUUUUGAAUUGUAAUCCUCAUCAUCGAAUAAUAAAUUGUACCUCUAAAAACCAGUAAUUUGUUAUAGCAUGACAAUUGAUCGUAUUCUUUUGAAAUAAGUCCAACAUUUUUAUUAUUUAAAAUUGAUGGGGUUACGGUCAAUCGUUAUGAAUUAACCAAUAACUAAACUGUUUACUCUAUGAACAACUUAAUCAUUCUUUUAUACAAAACAAACAUUAUGUUUAUAUCUUUAAUAUAUUUUUAUAACCAUUUACAAUAUAUCUAUAUAUUUUUGUUUGAAUAAUAAAAA